CCCACUCCCUCAGUCGGACCCAAUUCGCAUACGUACGAGUCCCUUCUCCUUCGUUGACGACCGACGAAACCUUCCGUUACUCUGCAAAUCCGCGGCGGUUGUGGUAAAAACCCAUGAAUCGUGCGUCUUCAAUACCGAAACGGCGCCGUUAGCAGCCAAACUACCCUAAUAAAGCCAUCGUUGAAAUCCCCUUUUAGUCUUUGUAGGCAAAACACGGGCUCCGCCACCAACCCUUCUUACCGUUAUCACGCCCGAACCAGAUAACGGAAUUCUUAGGGUUUUCAUGUUCUGUUUGGCUUUCAUGUCGUGUGAAUGGAGAUUACUUGUGGCUUCUUCUCCAAUUUCUUGCCUCAUCAAUUUUUCUUAGCCUUUGCAUUUACCCUACUCUCUCUUCUGCUCGCUAUUCUCACCAUUCGAUCGAAUUCCAAGUACUCCGAAUCCCGCGUCGACUGCGGUAGGGCGGUGGCUUUGUCGAGGAGGAAGGAGGACAAGAGCGGCUGAUGCAACUGUAAUGGGGGUAUCGUCGAGCGGGAUAACUGUGUUCCGGAUUCCUCAGCGGGGUGCCGUAAUGGUGGGACUGAGAUGACGGCGAGUGUGACUGUUUUGGCGGCGGAGAGGCAGAUGGGUGCUUCGAUGAUGGAACAGCUGGUGCCGGAGAUCACGACACACGCUCUUAGUUACUUGGAUUACCCGAGCCUGUGUAGGCUCUCCAUGACGAAUUCGCUGAUGCGAAAGGCUGCUAACGAUGAUAAUGCUUGGAAAGCUCUUUAUCAUAAGGAUUUUACAUUGGAACAAGAUAGUGUGACUCCAGUCAAUGGGUGGAAGGCUUAUUACUCUGCUACAAGAGCCCUUGUGAAUGUUAAUGCGGAAUUCUUUAAUAUUAUUAGAGAAAGGUCCCUGCCAGCCAUGAGUAGUUAUUGGCUCAACGCAGAUUAUGUGAAGUGUGUUCAUGCCUCAGGAGAACUCUUUUCCGGAUAUAACUCCGUCAUACAGAGUUGGCGUCUUGCAUUUGAUUGGGAGCAAGGAGUCAACUUCCAGGUUCGCAAUGUGAGAGUUCGGGUGCUAACAGAUAUUGCUUGGGUUACAAUGAACGCCUAUGUAGAUGUAGACACAGGGCCGUUUAACAUGAUGAAUGUAUUUGAGUUCCAUAAUGGGCGCUGGUACAUGGUGCAUCAUCACAGUUCAGUGAUGAUUGUGGAUGCAGUGAUGGAGCAACAAAUUCUGCAUGCCUGAAACGGAAAAGUAGGAGAGAUGAUAUUAAUGGUUGUUUUAUACUGGUUACAGAAAAUAGUGGUAUUUAUUAACAGGUGGAAAUUGCCUGGUUCUCCUUGACAACUUCUUUGAAGAUCCUUAAGCCUUUCCCCCCA